AUGAGUGACAGCAACGUUAAACAAGAGUGCAGUCGAAAUGCGGAAGCGGAGGUCAAUACCGGGAAAUCAGUCAGCGCAGCGUCUAAGCCAAAUCGUGUUGCCAGUCAGGCAUAUAGACAUUUUCAUGUUAAAACUGGAACAUCUGUCACUAUCCCAUGUGGUUAUAAUAGGGACUAUAUAAAGUAUAAGAAAUACUGGUGCUAUGGUAAAUACUUCCAUAACUGCCAAAUUCAGAAUAAAGUGACAGUGACUGAUCACAAAGCUGAGAGGUUCUUUACCGUGACUAUGAAUAACCUCCAAACAGGAAACACUGGAUGGUACUGGUGUGCUGUAGAGAUAGGUGGAGGGCCUGAUACUGGAGAAUACCUGUAUAUCACAGUAAAAUCAGGUCCUGAUCUGUCUGUGAAGCAGAGUAAUGUGGCAGGCUGGGAAAGAGGUAACCUCACAGUUCAGUGUCUCUACAGCACUGCAUAUCGGAAUGAACAGAAGAAAUGGUGCAGAUUUAAAGACGGGUCCUGCACCACAGCCACACUAAAAUCACCAGUGAAAGUGAUUGAUGAUCAGAAAACCACCUUCAGUCUGCAGAUGAGUGAACUGAAGAAGAGUGAUGCUGGCUGGUACUGUUGCAUUGCAGGAGAUCUGCAGGCUUCUUUUAAUGUCAGUGUCGGUGAUCCACCAGAUCCUGAUCUAUCUGUGAAGGAGAGCAGAGUGAGAGGUGAGGAAGGAGGCAACGUCACAGUGCAGUGUCUCUACAGCACUGCAUAUCAGAAUGAACAGAAGCAGUGGUGCAGAUUUAAAGACAAGAACUGUAACACAUUUCAGAGGACUGAAACAUCCCAGAAUUCAGCAGUGCAGCUCAGUGAUGAUGGGAGAGGAUCCUUCAGUGUGGAGAUGAGAGGACUGAAGAAGAGUGAUGCUGGCUGGUACUGGUGUGGUGCAGGAGAUCUGCAGGUUCCUGUUCAUGUCAGUGUCAGUGAUCCACCUCCAGAAAGCCAAAACAAUUCUGUAUUGCAAACAACUGAAGGCUGUGAUUCUGGGAGCACUGAGGAUUUAAGAAGCUAG